AUGGAAGCGUUGGCCAGUCAAGGACUUCGAGUUCUUGCAUUUGCUCACCGUCUCCACGAUUCUCGAUUCACAGAAGGGGGCUUUAUGGGGAGCAACACACCACACCGCGAGCAUAUUGAGAGAGACCUUACCAUUGUAGGGCUGCUUGGAAUCUACGACCCUCCUCGGCCCGAAUCAAUGAAUCUUAAAUAUGGUGUCUUCACUCCGGAGUUUCUAUGCGACAUGCUGUUCUACGGCCUUGCGGAAGCAGGUUGCAUCCUUGGACCUUUUACACUCGUAAUCUGGGGAUUUGCUAACGGGGAUCUGGGGACGGACUGCAACGUCGCCUAUUCUGACUCAUGCACUCCCAUGUUUCGCGCCCGAGCGACUGCGUAUGCGGCCACGACAUGGAUCUUUGUUUUCUUUGCCUGGAAACUCAUUGAUCUCCGACGAUCCUUCUUUUACAUGCCCGAUGAUCUUCGAGGCUAG